AUGGAAUCUGACGCAGGACUCGGCCUGGACGGCAUGGGCGGCUCGAUGACUUCGAUCCUGUCCGAUCAGUUGGAGGCGCACCCGCCGGCCUCGACCCGCGACUCCGUCUCCAGCUUCACCAGCACCCCCAGUCGGUCUCUCAGCACCAACAAGAAAAACGUCACUCCGAUCCCUGCGAACCUCUUACCUUCGGCUCCCGCUUCACCUCCGACACCCGCGCCGAGUCCAACACCGCACCAGCGGCCCCCGAACUGGCUGUCGUCUGACGAAGAGGAGAAUACCUUCCUGCUCAAUCUCCGCAUCCACUUCAGCACCCUGUCCAACGCUCGCAAGCAGAAACUCCUCGAAGGGAUACUGGAUGUAUGCGACAGCCAGCAGCUGAGUUUUGUUUCCAGUUACGUCGGUCCUCGGCUACGAAAGGACCCGUUCUUAGUCUUCCCAAAUGAACUGUGCUUGAGGGUCUUGUCCUUUAUCGACGAUCCGAAAACGCUCGCCCGGGCAUCCCAAGUCUCAAGACACUGGCGAGAACUACUGAACGACGACAUCACCUGGAAGAAUCUAUGCGAAAAACACGCCUACGCUGUCCGACGGAUCUCCAACGACGAUGAGAUGGAACCCAGCACACCUCGCUUGGUGGACUCGAGGCCCGAAUCUCACGCUCUUAACCGGCGUUUGACCGCCUCCAACGAGGCGUCCAUCGAAAGCACACCCGGCCUUCCCCGCACUUUGUCCGGGGAAUGGCUGCCCCCGUCCAGUUUCUCAGCACGCAGACGCAGAGCGCGACCGGUUUCCUACCGAUCGCAGUUUAAGCAGAAAUACAUGGUCGAGUCCGCGUGGAAUAAAGGUGGCCGCUGCACCCAGCGGCAUAUCACUCCAGACCAGGGCGUGGUGACGAGUCUGCAUCUCACCCCCAAGUAUAUCGUCGUCGCCCUCGACAACGCUAAGAUCCAUAUCUACGAUACCAACGGCGACAACCAGAAGACCCUCCAGGGGCACGUGAUGGGGGUCUGGGCCAUGGUGCCCUGGGAUGACAUCUUGGUCAGCGGCGGUUGUGAUCGAGAAGUGCGCGUCUGGAACAUGGCGACUGGGGCGGGUAUCCACCUGCUUCGAGGUCACACCUCGACGGUCAGAUGUUUAAAAAUGUCUGAUCGCAAUACCGCCAUUUCAGGGUCCCGAGACACCACUCUGCGCAUCUGGGACCUGGCCACCGGGACUUGCCGCAAUGUCCUAGUUGGGCACCAGGCUAGUGUCCGAUGCCUCGCCAUCCACGGCGAUCUGGUUGUCUCGGGUAGCUACGACACGACGGCCCGGAUAUGGAGUAUCUCCCAGGGCCGGUGCCUUCGAACCCUGUCGGGUCAUUUCAGCCAGAUCUAUGCAAUCGCGUUUGAUGGCCGACGCAUCGCGACCGGAAGUUUAGAUACGAGCGUGCGCAUCUGGGAUCCCAACUCCGGCCAGUGCCAUGCCAUUCUCCAGGGGCAUACUUCCUUGGUUGGACAACUCCAGAUGCGUGGCGACACUCUGGUAACGGGCGGCUCGGACGGCUCGGUGCGCGUUUGGUCCUUGACCAAGAUGGCGCCGAUCCACCGGCUAGCAGCCCAUGAUAACAGUGUGACAAGUCUUCAAUUUGAUAAUACUCGAAUCGUUAGCGGUGGUAGCGAUGGUCGCGUGAAGGUCUGGAAUUUGCAGUCUGGCCAACUCCUCCGCGAACUGUCGUCCCCAGCAGAGGCAGUUUGGAGGGUUGCUUUCGAGGAAGAAAAGGCUGUAAUCAUGGCUAGUCGGUCCGGACGUACCGUGAUGGAGGUUUGGUCAUUCGCACCACCCCCAGACGAAUACGAGGAUUCCGUUGCCAUCGAAAGCGCCUCGAGUACACCUGGCAUUGGUUCCACCGAUGAUACGGAUCUGACCAUAAACCCUCGGCGGCGGAAACUAUUCUCAGACCCUCCACCCACAGUCUCGAGCAGUGACGCCGACCAGCCAAUGCCCGAUGCAUCUUCCUGA